AUGGGGAAGGGCAGGACGGUAGCCCACCUCUCCCUGCUCUGUCUGCUGGCGGGUGCUUGUGGGACGGCCCUGAACACCUGCCCAGAGGUGCAGCUGGUGGGCCUGGGUGGCGAAGAGAAACUCACCAUCCUGCGUGGAUGUCCCGGCACCCCUGGCGCAGCAGGACCCCCGGGGACCCCAGGCAUCCCCGGCGCCAGAGGUGAGAAAGGCCCCCAGGGCUUCCCUGGGAAAAUGGGGUUUCCCGGGCAAAAAGGAGAAAAAGGCGACCCCGGAGCCCCAGGACCGGCGGGUGCACGGAACUGCAAGGAGCUCCUGGCCCAGCACGUGGUCCUGAGUGGCUGGUACACCAUCUACCCCCAGAACCGCAUGCCCCUGGCGGUGCUGUGCGACAUGGACACGGACGGAGGCGGGUGGACUGUGUUCCAAAGACGAGCGGAUGGCUCUGUGGAUUUUUACAGGGAUUGGAACACGUACAAGAGUGGAUUCGGGAGCCAACUGACAGAAUUCUGGCUGGGAAAUGACAAUCUGCACCUCUUGACCUCUUCUGGACAGAACGAACUGCGCAUCGACCUCACUGAUUUUGAUAACAGACAGGCGUUUGCCGAAUAUGACUCUUUCAAGGUUUUGGGAGAAGAGGACCAGUACAGGCUGGUUCUUGGGCAAUUCACCAAAGGCACCGCAGGCGAUUCUUUGUCCGCGCACAAAGACAUGCCUUUCUCCACCAAAGACCGCCAGCAGGACCCCAAGAACAAGCGAUGCGCGGAGACAUACAGAGGCGCCUGGUGGUACAACGACUGCCACACCGCCAGCCUCAACGGCCGGUACUGGCAGGGGCCUCACAACUCCUUCGCCGAUGGAGUGAACUGGAAAAGCGGCAAAGGCUACUGGUAUUCCUACAAGCGCUCGGAGAUGAAAUUCAGGCCGCGGGAUUGAGUGAGGAGAGAGCGGCCGAGUCCCACGGCAGCAGCGCUUAGCUGGAUGCUCCCGCACACGCUCUUCUU